AUGAAAAAUAAAUAUAUAAUAGUUCUAUAUUUAUUUUUAUUAAUAUCACAAAUUUAUUGUGUUCCUCCAAAAUGUAUAACAACAAAAAAUGUUUAUACAAAAAGUCAGGUGUUUAUAGAUAAAGAUGGAGAAAAGAAUGUUGAAUGGUGGGUUUUAGAACAAUUGAGUCAGAGUCAAGGUGCUAUUUAUACUGAUAAUGAAUUAAAUGGGGCGAAUCCAGUGAUUAAUGAAUUAGCUUAUUAUAAUAUUAGGAAUCCAGAUGAGCCAAACCCAAUUACAUCAACAUACAUACAGAGUUAUCCAAAUAAGUCUGGUAAAACUAUAUAUAAUAGUUUGACCUAUAAUGAUCAACCCAGUAAUAGUGGUAAUAGUGCACAUGCAAAAGGAUUUUUCAUUUGGAAUGAAGAAGGGGGAAUUCAUGUAAUUCACAGUGUUCCAAAUUCUCCAGAAACAGGAUAUAAACCUCUUUUUAAUUUCAAGGAAAAUACUUUAAAGAGUCAACACGCGCAGCAUUCAAUUUGUAUAACUUUGUCAAAAGAAGAACUUCAUAUUAUUCCAAAGUAUAUUAUUUAUGGUAAUUUAAAUAUUCAAACCAUUAAUACAGUUUCUCCAGGUUCUGGAGCAAAAAGGGUAUCAUCAGCCAUGUUUUUGUAUUCUCAAGUCCUCAAAGAAGAGGUUGACAAGAAAAAAACAGGAGUCAUUGAUUUGGAUGUAAUUGAUAGUAAAAUUUUGGCAACAAAAAUUCCCAAAACUUUUAAAGAAUUGGAUGGUCUAAUGAGUGAAUAUAUUUUUGAUAAUAAAAAGAAUGAUGGUGAUCCUGAUAUAUGGAAUGGAGUUAUUUAUUUAAAUAAAUGGUCACAAUUGGCAGAUUUAAUUCUAAACAAAGAUAUUACAUCAUCAGAUACAAAUCUAAAACCUAAAGAAACAAAUGUUCACUAUUAUAAAAUUAAUGAGAGUGAUAAAGGAAGAUACUUCAUUCAAACAACAAAUAUAAACCUUUAUAAAGAGUAUAGUGAAAAAAAUAAAGAAGCCCACAAGGAUGGAAUCAAAUUUUUUAUAGUUUGGCAUUUUAUCGAUAGUUCUAAAAAUGAUUUACCAAAUGGUAAUAAUUUUAAAACAAUGGUCCAUACUCAAACAAAGAAAGGAAGAGGUAGAAAUUCAAUUACUCAAGCAGUUGAAUCAAUUAAUAUUUCUUACAGAUUCGAAACACCUUGGUCAAAAGUUAUUAGGGCUGAUUCAGGAAGUGACCAUUCAAAAAUGUCCUAUCAAUUCAAUGAUGUAGAUAAAGUAGGUAGCGGUGGUGGUGGUGGAAUGAUAUGCUUUGGUGAUUUAAAUUGGCAAGGAAAGCAAGAGGCACGUGGAGGUGGUGCUUUUUGUAGUGAUAAAAUGAAAUAUCUUUCUGAAUACUUUUACAGGAGAGUUAGUAUUAUUAGACACCCAGAGGAUAACCAAUAUCUUAAAAAAGAAUCAUUAAGAUUAAAUAGCAUUGCAGGUCAAAAGUUGAAUUUAAAUGUAUUAAUAACUAAAUAUCCAAGUGAUCUCAGAGCAAUUUUAGGUAAGAGAAAGCUAGACUUUGAAACCAAGGUAAAAGGUUAUGGAGAUGAUAAAAACUACUAUCAUUUGAAUCCAUUUAAUAUCGUUUACAAUGAAGAUAAAUUAUUUGCAAAUGAAUAUAACUUUGGAUAUGAAAAUGUUUAUAUUCCAUUAUUAACUAAACUUAUAGGACAAACUACAACAAAUAAAUACAAAUCAGAGUUUUUUGAUUUCAAUGUGUUUCCAUCAGUCAAAGGGGAAAUUAUUUUAUGUGAUGAUAAUGAUGUCACUUGUAGCUUUGAAAAAUCCAAAUCUUACCAAUUGUUUAAAGAUAUCUAUGUUGAAUCAACAUUUACAGAUGUUGAAUUAGAUAAAUUUGAUCAUCCAAUUAUUGAAAUAGUCAAUGAAGUUAUCGUACCAUCAAUAGUCUCACCUUUCCCAGAUAGGAUAUAUGUCGAUUUAAAAACUGUCAAAUUAGUUCAACAAAUCUAUACAAAAUUGUUAUUAAGCACAAAUAAAAACAUCAUUCAAUUGAAAGAAGUCCAAAUGAAAUUAGAACCAUUUGAAUUCUCAGACAAUGAAAAAAAUAAAGAAAUAUGUAAAGCUUAUCCAAACGAUCCAGAUUCAAAAAUCAUUAAAUAUCUUCCAGGUUGUCAAGAUCUUCUCAUCUAUUGUAUUAUCUUAACCGAAAAUAAACAAAAUGUUCUAGGAAAAAUAGACUCCAAUGACGUUCUUAUAGGUGCUUUGGGUGAAUAUACAAAAAAUUUAAAAGAUAUAGAUAAUAGCCAAUGGUGCAUCAAAGAUAAAAAAAAAUAA